GCUCAGAAAGUGAACUGGCUCCAUAGAUCACAAUGUCAGUCUGCCAGCAUGUCAGUGCACUUUGGUCCAGACUGAAAUAGCAAUUUUUGAAUAGAUUAGUAAUGUUGCUAACAGACAGACAGACAAACGCCGAUCAUCACGUAACCCUGCCGCGUUCCUCGACGGAGCAACUAUCAAACAGUAACACAAAGAUAAAAUGUUGAACGGGGUAAACAUUGUAUACCUGUAUGACACUACUGCCAUGUGAAUGUUUGCUUUAAGCUGAAAGUACUACUGUCCUCACAGAACCAACAGCAUGUCUGUAGACUCAUGUUUAUGUGAUCCAAAGUACUUCUUAGUAGUUUUGUACUAUUGGUAUGCAAUAAAAGUCAUUGUCCUUUUCCAUGAUCCUACAUUUCUGCAUGCAGAGAUAGAGUGGCAGCAGCCAUUAAUGGGUAACUAAUUAAUAAAACUUAAUUCCUGACUUGCAUGUCGGCUGGUUUAAUCACCCUCACGGUUUGUUCUGUUUGUUCAUGAACAUGUUGUAACGAACACGGCCCCCAAGUGUUCAUGUCACAUUUAACCUACUUUCAUAUUAUUCCACGGCACGAUUCCUCUAUUUUUAACUGUCCGCUUUGUCUUCAUACGUCUGUAAAGGCCCUGAUAGAGGCUAAAGGCAAAGAUAACAAGGAACGACUUGGUUAAACAGUUGGUGAAAUUCCUGGAUAGCGAAGUCACAACAGCGUCUGUUAGAAAGUGAAAGGUCAUUCCUGUAUAUGUCCAAAGGUGCCGGAUGCAGUGUACACUGGAAUGGCUUUGGAGGAGGGCCAGUGCUGCUGUGUGGCUUUCCAAGAAUGGUUGUAAUGGCAACUGUGCGCCAUUUGGUGUCUGGCGUGGUGAGAGCAAGGAGAGGAAGUGAGGAGCGUUGCUGAGGAGCAUUUUGAUGAUGCGGGCUGCAUAUUGCUGAGCUGCAUCAUCAGGGCGUGCGUAAGCAAAUGCGCCUGACACUGAUGUGGACCUGAAUGCAGGACAGGCAAAGCUGCAGGAGGAGUGCUGGUCUUGUCCCCCCCUGAGAAAAGUUCCUAUCGAUCUGUAGGUAGGCUGGGAGGAGGAGGAGGCAGAGACAAGCAUAAUGGUUAAGCAAGCAAAGCAGUUGCUGUACCUGCUCAUCUCUCGUUCCUGCCUCUCUUUUUUUUGGCUGGGAUGUGUCUUUGUUCUUGUGUUUGAAGGUGGGUGCAUCAAUUCAGUUCCCACCUCCCCCUUAUCCCUCCUUCUCCCACUCCGCUGCAGUGUUCUCCUUCUGGGCUGUAUCUGCAUGCUCACACACACACGAACACACACACACACACACACACACACACACACUUGUUCCCUCACACUCCCCCCACUCCCCCGUUGCUUCCUCCGUCUGUGUCUGCCGCCAUCAGAUGCAGGGACUGAUAAUAUCUGCUCCAACGCCCUCUCCUCCUCCUAUUUUUUGCGCUCCUCCUCUCCUGCAUCUUGCCUAUUGUUUUAUUUGCUUUGUGCAUUAAUGUGCCACAGCAGGCUUAAUAUUGGACAGUGUUCCUUUCUUUUCAAUUUGCAAAGUCCGAAAUGCAGUUUGGACUUUUCCUUCCCCUCACAGAUUAUUAUCAGUAUUCACUUAGUGUCCGGACACGUCACUCUGCUUCCUGAGGGUGAGCUGCACAGCAGGCUGCAUGCAUCAUCCUUGCAUCAUACUGCAGCACAGUCCACUGCCUGAAUGAGACACAGCUUUCUCUUCCACGUCUGUGAGAAGUCCAAACUGUUUGGCGUCGGCUCGGAGUUGUUGCACAGUUUGAAUAUUAGCAUGUGGCUCAGCCAUGACUGCCAUGACUGUGCUUGUACCAGUGAAAAAACCGAGAGGAACAAGGACAGGCUCUGUGAAGGGAGGAGCCUCGUUUCAAAAUGCUUCGUCAUUGGCCGCUGACGUGUCCUGCCUGCCUGUAAAAGUCCGUCUGAUUGGCUGCUGCUUCGCAUUAAGCAAAGCAGCUGCAGUUGUGAAGAACUACCCCUUCUCUUUCUGCUCUGUCUCUGCUCUUCCUACCUCUUCCCUUCUCAUUAAUAACUGGGACUCAUCUGUGUCGACCACAUGUGCCAGCCUGUGCCACUUCAAGGACACCACUUUUCACUGUAUCUGGCAGCAUGAUUCAUGUCAAGUUGGUCAAUUACUUUCUGCUCUGUGGAGCUCACGGGAGUUGAAGUGACGUCUCUGUCCUGCCUGCAAUCUUCCUCCAUCCUCCCUCUCUCUCUCCCUCUCUCUCUCUCGUUUGUAUCACUUAAUCAAGACAUAGCUUGCCCUUUCCUGUUCAUUGCUGCCUCCCUCCCUCCUGUAUGCUCUGCUCCCCUAUUUGUUUGCCCUCGCUUUCUUCUCUUUGGCUCUUUUUGCUUCCACCCUCCUGCCUCGUGAUCCUCAUCACCCUCCGUUUAAGCAAGCUCCACACGAGCAAGGCAACAAGGAAGGACGUGCAGCACAGAGGUCAGUGAGGAGGAUGACAACAGAAGAACGGUGAAGGAGGGAUGAGAAAGAGACUGAAGUAAGAGGAGGAACUCCAAAGUGCCUACUUCGAGGGUUGGUCUUGCCGAAAUCUGCUGGAUUACAGCAGGACGGGGCUCAGUGUGUGUUUGGCCUUGAAUGGAGGCUCUAUUUUAUCCUGACAGCCACAGAGUCAUCCAUCCCACGUUGCUGAGCUGCAGCCUCGAUACACUCUGAGCUGAGCCGCCACCUCGUCUCAUCAUUGCAAGGACAUCACGGUGUAAGGCUCUGCUUUUUUUUUGCUCUACAGAAAUAGUUUUAGCUUCUCUGUCAGGCAGAUAUAAGUACAGCAGAGCCACAGUGACGGCCUCAGCCUUGGCCAUGUUGACGUGAAUGUAACAGUGACUUGCAGUGACUGUCAGCUGAUACAGGUGAACACACAGAUCAGCAACAUAUCCAAGCAUGCCAGAGUGAUGUCCUCACAGUAGUUUUUUUUUUCUUUCUACUUUUGAGGCAGAGCUGGCCUCUGCUCAGUCAUCCCCCUCUAUCUCACCCCAGUGAAAACUUCAGCUGCCACUUUUCCCAGGAAGAGCUAAUAAACGUCCCCCAGAAUACACCCACCAAAAGGACUUGCUGCCUGUUUGCACUGAGGAAAAACCGAAAAUAUUUUUUCUUCUACUUCCUUUUGUGUUUUUCUGGGGACUUUUUUUUUUCUUGAAUCACGAUUAGUCACCGUUGCUCUCAUCAGACAGUUUUCCGUCCAUUUGCAACCCUCCUCCUGCCACUCAGUGUUUGUGAGCGUCUCUGAUGGCCGUCAGCAUGACCAUGGGGCGAGACACCAAAUGGCUGACCUUGGAAGUGUGUCGUGAGUUUCAGAGAGGCACCUGCUCGCGGUCCGACGCCGAGUGUAAGUUUGCACAUCCCUCCCGGAGCUGCCAUGUGGAGAAUGGCCGAGUCAUCGCCUGCUUUGAUUCACUCAAGGGCCGCUGCACGCGAGAAAACUGUAAAUACCUGCACCCACCUCCGCACCUGAAAACCCAGCUGGAGAUUAACGGGAGGAACAACCUGAUCCAGCAGAAGGCCGCAGCAGCCAUGUUGGCUCAACAGAUGCAGUUCAUGCUGCCUGGAGCCCAACUGCAGCCCAUAACAACAUUCCCAGUGACGCCCUCCUUGGCAACGAGUCCCAGUAUGGCAUUCAGUCCUUAUCUAAGCCACAUGGGCCCGGCCAUGGGCCUGAUGCCUGAGCUGCUGCCCAGCACUCCCCUGCUGGUUCCUGGGAGUCCCACCAGUCUGGCAAACAUGGGCAAUGGCACCUCCGCACAAAAACAUGUGCGCACAGACAAGCUGGAGGUUUGUCGAGAAUUCCAGCGUGGUAACUGCACACGGGGUGAGAGCGACUGCCGUUACGCUCACCCUCUGGAGGCCGGCAUGGUGGACUGCAGCGAAAACUCGGUCAUCGUCUGCAUGGACUACAUUAAAGGCCGCUGCAGCCGAGACAAGUGCAAGUACUUCCAUCCUCCGGCUCACCUGCAGGCCAGGAUUAAGGCUGCACAGCACCAAGCCAGUCAAAACACAGCGUCCGCAGCCUUGGCUCUGCCUCCCGGGGCCAUGCAGACGCUACCAAAGAGGCAGAUCUUAGAGAAGAGCAAUGGAGCUGCUGCCACCGUCUUCAACCCCAGCAUGUUCCACUACCAGCAAGCCCUGGCUAACAUGCAGCUCCAGCAACCAGCCUUUAUCCCCACUGUAGACACCUCGGAGCUUCUGACUUCUGACCCGGUGGAGCUCCAGUGCGUUCCCAUGGAAACCCAUUUCUGCCCCGUCCCCAAACUGCUGGUGGCAGCUCCGGUGGCGCUAAACUCAGUAAGCCUUUCCCGAAACCCCAGUUAAAGUCCCUGCGAUCUGCAGCAAACAUGUGCCUCACCUACAGUGCACACUGACUGAGUGGCAAUGUGAAACUCCUCCUACGAUGUAAUGAAAGUAAGAACGCUGCGACGGUUCAUGCAAUACAAGCCUGGACGUGUUACUGUUGCUUUAAAGCAGCCAUCCUGAUGCAUACUGACUCGAUCAGGCUGAGCAAUAGAGCUCCCUCCUUCUUACAGCCAUACAUGCCCACACCUUAAAGUACAGCAGACAUGUGCACACACGCACACACACACACACACACACAUUCAAGACUAAAAUGCCCUUUAUGGGUUGGAGCCAUCUCAUGAGGCGACCCAACACAUUUGACUGUUCCAAAGUCACAAACUCUGAAAAAAUAAUUCUGGAAAUUCAGUCGGACCUUGCCGCUGGUCUACAACCAUGACAUGCUGUCAAGAUGAAAGAGUGUUUCAUAUCAUGUCAUGUUUACGUUCUGAGAUGACGACAGAUGUAACAUUUGUGUUGAACCAUGUGAACCAUUCAGUUUGUUCUCAUCUUGCCUGAUGAAACGUCAGUAAGGAGCUCAUUUGUUUGUGCCUUUAGUUUGUCUGCUCGGCUGCAGAGGAGACUUAGUUUCAAAACAGUUUAAAACAGUUUAAGAUGUUCUGAAUAGCAAUUAGAGGCAAUAUCGGUUAGAGAAAUACUCCUAAUUACAGGGAUCUGCACUUAAAAUUGACAUUGUUUCGUUAAUACAAAGCUUGAUUUGAAUCAGUUUUCGUCCCCACGUUUCACAGUUAGUAUCUGGAUUAUAGCAGCAAAUGAAGUAUUGCUUGUCAUGUAAUGCAACAAAUGUAGAAACUACUAACUGAGUCACAUUAAAUUGAGAUACAAUCAGGUCUGCUGAAGGAGCUGAGCAGACAAGAUGUUUUAGGAUGUGGCUCCUAUUUCUUGACAAUGAUUGAAGAAACAAACUGCCUUAAAGCAGAUGUGGUCAUAAGGAGGCCCGACUCUGUUUAAUUCUACCAGUAAUACAACAAACAACUCAAAUUAUAGAUUAAAACUGAUGUUUCGUGAGUCACGAUGUCUCAUUUGUUAUUAUUUUUUAGUUUGGAAUUGACUAAAAGCAAAGAUUUGUUUGACAUGAUUCUCUAUCCAAGCAACAUUCAACUUACCUGAAAUCGUAAUAACAACUAAAGAAUAAUCCUCAGUCAGCUCUAAGUAUGCAGACUUUUAGAAUUGGCACCGUUUAAACUUUUACACCUGAUGUCAGUUGUUGCACAAAAUGGAAGCUGGAUUUGUUUCCUGAUGUUGUGCCUAAAGUCUGUGCUCCAUGCAAGGAGCCGCCCCGAUUAAUGCAAUACCUAAAAAAAUAUUCCACACAAAUGUCUCGCUGUCAAACGCAGCAAUGCAUUUUUUAAAAGGCAGUUUGUUUGUGUAAUUAUCUCCUUUCAUGAGGCUUUUGGAUUGAAUUAGUGGCACAAGAUUUUUAUGUUUUUUGGCUCUUCAGGGAGAAAGCUUAGAACUUGAAAAUGUCCUGUCCGACUUUAAAAUGUCUCGUCUUUUCUACUGAUGUGUCCUUUUUGUCAAAAGUCGCGAGACUCUAAAUAUUGAAGCCACAGUUGUUGUAACCAGAAUCGAGUUGUGGUAAGGUUUGGAAAUGUGGGAAUAAAUCACCUGUUUGAUGUCUGAUGGUUUAAAAAAAAAUAGAAAAAAAAGAAGAUGGAUUUUAGGUUUUCAAGUGUCUAUAAGGAAUUGCUUUGUAGGUGAGAAGAAUUGAACUCAACAGCUUUGGAAACUGGGCUGAAAUCACUUCUAUCCAAAUUCAAAUGUGCCUCUUUUCAAGUCUCCUCAAACCACCACUGUCAAUACACUGUAAGAACAGACCAGUGCUCGAGAUAGAUGUGUUAUUUGGUACAAUAUUCUAAUAGAAAAUCACAUCUGUGCUAGUUUCUUCUCUGAGACAGCUGUGCUGUCUUAUUGUUAAUGUAAAGGAAUAAAUCAGUGAGUUGUGUGCAUACGUAAGUGUGUCGACAGAGACACUGAAUCACAUAUUUGGUUAGUUGUAAAUGCUGCAGAUAUUACGGCAUUUCCCACUGAACAUUAUUCAUUUUAAAUAAUGUUAAUGUGUUGUGAAUGUAUCUAAUGCAAAAACUCUACACAUGCCCUUCUAAGAGACAGGCAUGCUGAAAUGUAAUGAUUCACUAUAUAUAGACUAUUUCUGAGGUCACAUAGGUACCAUGCUGAUACUGUGUUAAGACAUAUUAAAGUAUGUGUAUUGUUAUAUAGAUUUAUAUUUAAUGUCAA